AUGUCGUCAAAUGUUUUACAAGUUGUUGAAGAAUUAAUUGCUUCACCGUUUCCAUUCAGCAUUCAAUUGGAUGAAAGCACCGAUGUGUCACAAUGUAACCAACUCUUUGUAUUUGUCCGUUACGUACAACAAGACACAUGUAGUAUUAAAGAAGAUUUUCUUUUUUGCAAUUCACUUUUGGAGACUGCAAAGGCUUCAGAUGUUUUUGAAAUGACAAAAAGGGUUUUCAACGAACAAAAUACAGACUGGAAGACUAAACUUGGUGGUAUCUGCACCGAUGGAGCUCCCGCAAUGCUUGGUAAUACGUCUGGUUUCGCGGCUUUGGUCAAGAAAGGGAUCCCUCAUGUCAUAAUAACUCAUUGUGUCUUACAUCGACAUGCCUUGGCUUCACGGACUUUACCUCCAUUUCUGAAGGAAGUUAUGUCUACAUGUAUCAAAAUAAUUAACUUCAUCAGAGGAGCCUUAAACCACCGCCAUUUAAAAGACUUUGUCAAGAAAUGGGGUCAGAACAUGAAGUACUGCUUUACUACACAGAAGUUUGUUGGCUGUCAAUGGGACAGGUCUUAA